AUGCCAGGGCUGAUCUCAGACUUUCUCAUCUCUCUUGAUGAUCGGUACCUCUAUUUUGUCAACCGGUUUCAUGGAGAUGUUAGACAGUAUAGCAUUGAAGAUCCUUCAAAGCCGGUGCUGACAGGACAAGUAUGGGUUGGAGGUCUCCUUCAUAAGGGAAGUGACGUAGUCUAUUUGUCAGAGGAUGGGGCGGAGUCACAAUUUAGUGUACCUGUGAUUAAGGGAAAUCGACUUAGAGGAGUACCGCAGAUGAUUCAACUGAGCUUGGAUGGGAAGCGGCUGUACGUGACAAACUCACUCUUUAGUGUGUGGGAUCAACAAUUUUAUGGCCCAGAUUUCAUGAAGAAGGGAUCUCACAUGCUGCAGAUUGACGUGAACACCGAGCAAGGUGGAUUGACCAUGAAUCCAAACUUCUUUGUUGACUUUGGGACAGAGCCUGAAGGACCUGCACUGGCACAUGAGAUGAGGUAUCCUGGUGGAGACUGCACUUCCUAUAUUUGGAUAUAG